UGGGCGGGCGCGGCCCUCAGUGCCUGGGAGGCAGCCGCGUGCGCUGCAUCUUGCCGCCGAGUGAGGGAGGAGUCACCAUGAGCGGGUGCGCCAGGUUGGCGUAGCGGCGGCCACCACUUCCUCCAGCAGCACAGUGCUCGGGGUAGCCCCGAAGGGCAUGAGGCAGGGGCAGCACCGUGCUAGCCCCUAGCAGUGUUCAGGAGUCCCUUCCGUGCUUGGUGCAAUAGGCACCAGCGGCCGGCCCGGUGCCAGGGUGGCCUGUGAUGAGCCAAUGGUUAGAGUGAGCCACCAGUGCUAGUGUGUAGUGGUAGUGAAGAGUGCUGGCGCCGGCCCCGACCUCAUGUGAGACAGCCGCCGCCCGGCCCAGUGCUGUGUCGCCGCGGGUGCCACGCCCCCGGCAGGAGGCCACUAUGGCCACGCGCCACCAACCCCCGCACCACUACGGCCCAGCCAAGAAGCCCUUCGCUAAGCUGACGGCAAGCAACGGUCCACGCCCCGCGUUUCCCCAGGGGCAUGCGGGGGGCGGGCCGCCUGGCAAAGGGGGGCGACCCCCGUCCAAUCCCGGCCCCGGCCCCGGUCCCGCUGUUGCACCGUACAGACACGGCCCCCACCCCUCGCACGGACCCCAUCCCCCACCCCAGCAGCAGCCUCCGCCGCCGCAGGGACCACCGCCAGGCCCUGGACCCCACCACCAGUCUCAGCAGCAGGCGGGUUCACAACAAGGGCCUCAGCAGCAGCAGCAGGUGGGCGCGGCCCAAUGGAGUGGGCUUGGCCCCCAGAAGACGCAGCAGCAGCCGGGCGGUGGUGGUGGCGGGGCGCAGUACGCCGUGAGGUAUCCUGGCCCCGUGGCCUCCCAGGCUCAGGCCUCCUACGCCCUGCCCACCUACCCCCACCAUCAGACCUACACACCAGGGGGUGGAGGUGGCCAUGGGGCAGCAGUAUCACCUAUCACCACAUCCUCAACAUCAGUUGGUGCCCUUGGGGGAAGUGGUGGGGGUGGCGGUGGUGGCGGCAGUGGAAGUGGAAGUGGUGGCGGAGGUGGUGGGGGAGGGGGUGCUGGGGGCUACUCAGCCACCUCCCCAUCCCCUCACUCAAGCUAUGGUGAACAGCUUUCCCGCACCAACCUGUACAUCCGAGGCCUUAGUCCUGAAACCACUGACAAGGACUUGGUAGAGAUGUGCAAGAAGUAUGGCAACAUCAUAUCAACAAAAGCUAUCUUAGACAAGAACACAAACAAAUGUAAAGGCUAUGGGUUUGUAGACUUUGAGUUGCCAGCUGCAGCAGACAAGGCAGUUAAGGGUCUGCAGGCCUCCAACAUCCAGGCACAGAUGGCCAAGCAGCAGGAGCAAGACCCUACCAACUUGUAUAUUGCCAACCUGCCACCUCACAUGAAUGAAGCAGAGUUAGAGCAGCUCUUAGCACAGCAUGGCCAAGUCAUUUCCACACGUAUCCUCAGAGACAACAAUGUGCAGUCCAGAGGUGUUGGCUUUGCGAGAAUGGAGUCUCGGGAGAAGUGUGAGCACAUUAUUCAGAUAUUUAAUAAAAAGGUGCUGCGAGGAGCCAAGGAAGCUUUACUCGUCAAGUUUGCUGAUUCUGGGAACAAAAAGCGAAACCAAUAUAAAUCCAAGGAUCCGGGCAACUGGGAAAGACCUGAACCCAUACAAGUGUAUGAACACCAGUCGUCACUUCUCACUCCCAAUGGGACUUUGAUGCCUUCAGUGGCUCAUGGUACGUUCCGGCAUUACCCCCAGUCCCAGGUGCCCCCAUAUCCCCUGCAGCCCUUCUACAUCAUGCAGCACACAACCCACCCUCACAUGGAUGUGCCUCCGAUAAUACAAACUCCACUGGACACCAGCCAGGUGCCCUACUCACAGGCCAUCAUCCCAGCGCUGACCACACACAUGCAGCACCUUCAUCUCACUCAUGGCUCUGUACCGACAACGUCAAAUUCUUGUGUUGAGCGAGUCCAUAACGCUGUGGGCCAGGCUACUCCGCCGUACAACUUCCUGGCUCGACCCACCGUCGUUACGCACUACACUACCAAGCCAGGAGGGUAUUUGAGUGGAACAUACCCUGCCUCUCCUUAUCCCCCCAUGAUGCAACCCAUGGCCAUGAUUGAUGAUACCACUGCGCACUCUCCAGACGAGUACCAGCCCUACCCUACCACACCCGGCCCUGUCCAGUGCCAGCAGCAGCCUAAGUAACACUGUGUUGAACUAGGUCAUCUCAUUAGCCACUAUCUUGUCCUUCUGAAGUGGGGAAGCCCUAUCCAAGAAUCACGGUGUUUGGGCUCUGUGGGCCACAGUCUCAUGUCAGUACAGUAGUGUAACUAUCGCCUCAACUAACUCAACACUACAGCAGGGGACUGUGCUGGAAAAAUCACAGUCCACAAUUCAUGUGUCUUGUCCUUGUAUAUCAAUCAAUUAGAAAAAAAUAUUAAAAAAUAAAGAAAUUGGCCUCAAAACUCCCAUCAUCUCUGUAAGAAAAGCAAAAAGAAUUAUAUAGCAUGAGUGCUGGCAACACUGUGGUCUGAGCACCACAGAUUGCUGAAGUCAGGCCUGCCAGAAGAAUGUAGGUGGGCAGCCCCAUCUGCUGAGGCUGCCCUGGGCUUCCUACUACACCCAGCCAGCCAGUCACAAAAUGCAAGAAGAGUUUCCCUCGCCCAGGCAGGUGGGUUGGUCCUGCGUCCAGGCAGUGUGGGACCUGUGAUUCAGUUAGACACAAGUGUAGAAUGACUAGCUUAGAACAUUUCUUUAAGUAAGCAAGUGCAAACUUAUGGAUCAAUAAAAGAAAUUGCAUUAUUUCCCAAGUUCUUGUUGAUCUGUGGAAUAUAUUAGAAUCAUCCCUUCAGUUUAAAGGAAAAUAAAAUUAAGAAUGUCUUGAAA